AUGGAUGCUUAUUCAACCAGACCAUUAACUCUCUCUCACGGUUCUUUGGAACACGUGCUACUGGUUCCGACCGCUUCAUUUUUCAUUGCUUCGCAACUACAAGAACAAUUCGUCAAGAUUUUGCCCGCCCCAACCGAAGGGUUUGCCGCAGACGAGGAGCCAACCACACCUGCUGAACUAGUGGGAAAAUUCCUUGGCUACGUAUCUUCUCUGGUCGACCCUUCCAAAGUCGGUCAAUUCGAUCAAGUCUUGAACCUUUGUUUGACAGAAUUCGAAAACUGUUAUUUGGAGGGUAACGACAUUCAUGCCUUGGCCGCUAAAUUAUUAAAGGAAAACGACACAACUUUGGUAAAGACUAAAGAACUAAUUAAAAACUACAUCACCGCUAGAAUAGUGGCCAAGAGACCAUUCGACAAAAAAUCGAAUUCUGCUCUAUUUAAGGCCGUUAGCGAGGGAAACGCACAAUUAGUCGCCAUCUUUGGUGGUCAAGGUAACACCGACGACUACUUCGAAGAACUACGUGAUCUAUAUCAAACUUACCAUGUCUUGGUGGGAGAUCUAAUUAAAUUCUCCGCUGAUACUUUAAGCGAACUGAUUAGAACUACUUUAGAUGCUGAAAAAGUUUUCACUCAAGGUUUAAACAUAUUAGAAUGGUUAGAAACCCCUUCAAAUACCCCAGACAAGGACUACUUACUAUCUAUUCCAAUCUCGUGCCCCUUAAUUGGUGUCAUUCAAUUGGCUCAUUACGUUGUCACUGCCAAGCUAUUGGGUUUCACUCCAGGUGAGUUAAGAUCUUAUUUGAAGGGUGCUACAGGUCAUUCUCAAGGUUUGGUUACUGCUGUCGCUAUAGCUGAAACAGAUUCUUGGGACUCUUUCUUUGCCUCCGUAAGAAAGGCAAUUACUGUACUAUUCUUCAUCGGUGUCCGUUGUUACGAAGCAUAUCCAAACACUUCCUUGCCACCAUCUAUCUUGGAGGACUCUUUGGAAAACAAUGAAGGUGUUCCAUCUCCAAUGUUAUCCAUUUCCAACCUAACUCAAGAACAAGUUCAAGACUACGUAAAUAAGACCAACUCUCAUUUACCAGCAGGAAAGCAGGUUGACAUUUCUUUAGUCAAUGGUGCCAAGAACUUGGUCGUAUCAGGCCCACCACAAUCACUAUAUGGUUUGAACUUAACCCUAAGAAAGGCCAAGGCCCCAUCUGGAUUAGAUCAAUCAAGAAUUCCAUUUAGUGAAAGAAAAUUGAAGUUUUCCAAUAGAUUCUUACCUGUUGCAUCACCUUUCCAUUCUCAUUUAUUGGUUCCAGCUUCCGAUUUGAUUAACAAAGACUUAAUUAAAAACAAUGUCAGUUUCGAAGCUAAGGAUAUCCAAAUCCCAGUUUACGACACUUUUGAUGGUUCAGAUCUAAGAGAACUCUCGGGCUCCAUCUCAGAAAGAAUCGUCGACUGCAUUAUUAGGUUACCUGUCAAAUGGGAAACUACCACACAAUUCAAAACCACUCAUAUACUAGAUUUCGGUCCAGGUGGUGCUUCUGGUCUAGGUGUCUUGACUCAUCGUAAUAAGGAUGGUACCGGUGUUCGUAUUAUCGUUGCUGGUACUCUAGACAUCAACCCAGACGGUGACUACGGAUUCAAGCAAGAAAUCUUCGACGUUACCAGCAAUGGGUUGAAGAAAAAUCCAAACUGGUUGGAAGAAUAUCAUCCAAGAUUAAUCAAGAACAAAUCCGGCAAAAUCUUUGUCGAAACUAAAUUCUCUAAAUUAAUUGGUAGACCUCCUUUACUAGUUCCUGGUAUGACUCCAUGUACCGUUUCCCCAGAUUUCGUCGCUGCUACUACUAAUGCUGGUUACACCAUCGAAUUAGCAGGUGGUGGUUACUUCUCGGCAACUGGUAUGACUGCUGCUAUCGACUCUGUGGUUUCACAAAUUGAAAAGGGUUCAACUUUCGGUAUCAACUUAAUCUACGUCAAUCCAUUCAUGUUACAAUGGGGUGUUCCAUUAAUCAAAGAAUUAAGAGCCAAAGGCUAUCCAAUUCAAUUUUUGACCAUUGGUGCCGGUGUUCCAUCUUUGGAAGUUGCCAGUGAAUAUAUAGAAACACUAGGUUUGAAGUACUUGGGUUUGAAACCAGGCUCCAUCGAUGCCAUUUCUCAAGUCAUCAACAUUGCUAAAACUCAUCCAAAUUUCCCAAUUGCCUUGCAAUGGACUGGUGGUAGAGGUGGUGGUCACCAUUCUUUCGAAGACGCUCAUACUCCAAUGUUACAAAUGUACUCCAAGAUUAGAAGACAUCCAAACAUUAUGUUGAUUUUCGGUUCCGGUUUCGGUUCUGCUGAUGACACCUACCCAUACUUGACUGGUGAAUGGUCUACAAAAUUCGACUAUCCACCAAUGCCAUUUGAUGGUUUCCUAUUUGGUUCCAGAGUUAUGAUCGCAAAGGAAGUUAAGACUUCCCCUGAUGCCAAGAAGUGUAUUGCUGCUUGUACCGGUGUUACCGAUGACAAAUGGGAACAAACUUACAAGAAGCCAACUGGUGGUAUUGUCACUGUUCGUUCUGAAAUGGGUGAACCAAUUCACAAAAUUGCUACCCGUGGUGUUAUGCUAUGGAAAGAAUUUGACGAAACAAUUUUUAACUUGCCAAAAACCAAAUUAGUACCAACAUUGGAAGCUAAGAGAGACUAUAUCAUUUCAAGAUUAAACGCUGAUUUCCAAAAGCCAUGGUUUGCCACCGUUGAUGGUGAAGCUCGCGAUCUAGCUACCAUGACUUACGAAGAAGUCUCCAAGAGAUUAGUGGAACUGAUGUUCAUCAGAUCCACCAACUCUUGGUUUGAUGCCACUUGGAGAACCUUCACUGGUGAUUUCCUACGUCGUGUUGAAGAACGUUUCACCAAGAGUAAGACAUUGUCUUUGAUUCAAUCCUACUCCUUAUUGGACAAGCCUGAUGAAGCUCUUGAAAAAGUUUUCAAUGCUUAUCCCGCUGCCAAGGAACAAUUCUUGAACGCACAAGAUAUUGAUCACUUUUUGAGUAUGUGUCAAAACCCAAUGCAAAAGCCUGUCCCAUUUGUUCCAAUCUUGGAUCGUAGAUUUGAAAUCUUCUUCAAGAAGGAUUCAUUGUGGCAAUCCGAGCACUUGGAAGCUGUUGUCGACCAGGAUGUUCAAAGAACAUGUAUUUUGCAUGGUCCUGUUGCUGCGCAAUUCACGAAGAUUAUUGAUGAACCUAUUAAGAGCAUUAUGGAUGGUAUUCAUGACGGCCACAUCAAAAAGUUGUUGCAUCAAUACUACAGCGACGAUGAAUCCAAGAUCCCAGCUGUUGAAUACUUCGGUGGUGACAGUCCAGUUGACGUACAUGCUCAAGUUAAGUCUUCUGCAUCUGAAGACUCCGCUGUUUUCAAGGCAACUUCUUCUACCGAUGAAGAUAGUUGGUUCAAAACUUUAGCUGGAUCUGAAAUUAACUGGAGACGCGCAAGUUUCUUGUGCUCCUUUAUCACUCAAGAUAAAAUGUUUGUUUCUAAUCCUAUUAGAGAAGUUUUCAAGCCAAGCCAAGGUAUGGUUGUUGAGAUUUCUAACGGAAAGACUCCAUCGAAAACUGUUAUCACUCUUUCAGAGCCUGUACAAGGCCAAUUGAAACCAACUGUUAUAUUAAAAUUGUUAAAAGACAACUUGGUCCAAAUGGAAAUGAUUGAGAACAGAACCAUGGAUGGCAAGCCCGUCAGUUUACCAUUGCUAUACAACUACAACCCAGACAAUGGUUUCGCUCCAAUUUCUGAAGUUAUGGAAGACAGAAACCAAAGAAUUAAGGAAAUGUACUGGAAGUUGUGGAUUGAUGAACCUUUCAAUUUGGACUUUGAUCCAAGAGACGUCAUCAAGGGCAGCGACUUCGAGGUUACUGCCAAGGAAGUCUAUGACUUUACCCACGCCGUCGGAAACAACUGUGAAGAUUUCGUUUCCAGACCAGGUAGAACAAUGUUGGCUCCAAUGGAUUUCGCUAUUGUUGUUGGAUGGAGAGCUAUUAUCAAGGCUAUCUUCCCUAACACAGUUGAUGGUGACUUAUUGAAGUUGGUGCACUUGUCUAACGGUUAUAAGAUGAUUCCUGGUGCUAAGCCAUUACAAGUUGGUGACGUUGUUUCAACUGCUGCCGUGAUUGAGUCCGUUGUCAACCAACCAAACGGUAAAAUUGUCGAUGUUGUAGGUACUUUAUCAAGAGACGGUAAACCAGUAAUGGAAGUCUCUUCUUCUUUCUUCUAUAGAGGUAACUACACCGACUUUGAAAACACCUUCCAAAAGACUGUGGAGCCUGUCUACCAAAUGCAUAUCAAAACAUCAAAGGAUAUUGCUGUUUUGCGUUCCAAAGAAUGGUUCCAAUUAGAUGAUGAAGAUUGCGAUUUACUGAACAAGACUUUGACCUUCGAAACUGAAACUGAAGUCACUUUCAAGAACGCUAACAUUUUUGCCUCAGUGAAAUGUUUCGGUCCAAUUAAAGUGGAAUUGCCAACUAAGGAAACAGUCGAAAUUGGUAUUGUCGAUUACGAAGCUGGUGCCUCCCACGGUAACCCAGUUGUUGACUUCUUGAAGAGAAACGGUUCCACUUUGGAACAAAAGGUCAACCUAGAAAACUCCAUUCCAAUUGCUGUUCUUGAUUCAUACACUCCAAGUACUAAUGAGCCAUAUGCUAGGGUUUCUGGUGAUUUGAACCCAAUUCACGUUUCCCGUCAUUUUGCUUCCUACGCUAACUUGCCAGGUACCAUCACACAUGGUAUGUUUUCCUCCGCAUCUGUUCGUGCUUUGAUCGAAAACUGGGCCGCUGACGGUGUUUCAUCCAGAGUUCGUGGUUUCACUUGUCAAUUCAUUGACAUGGUCUUGCCUAACACUGCUUUGAAAACAUCCAUUCAACAUGUUGGUAUGAUCAACGGGAGAAAAUUGAUUAAGUUUGAAACUAGAAAUGAAGAAGAUGUUGUUGUUUUGACUGGUGAAGCUGAAAUUGAACAACCUGUUUCUACUUUUGUCUUUACUGGUCAAGGUUCACAAGAACAAGGUAUGGGUAUGGAAUUAUACAAGACAUCUAAAGCUGCCCAAGACGUUUGGGAUAGAGCUGACAACCAUUUCAAGAAUACUUAUGGUUUCUCCAUUCUGGAUAUAGUUAUUAACAACCCAAUUAAUUUGACAAUUCAUUUCGGUGGUGAAACGGGUAAAAAGAUCAGACAAAAUUACGCUGCCAUGAUUUUUGAAACUAUCGUUGAUGGUAAAUUGAAGACUGAAAAGAUUUUCAAGGACAUUGAUGAACACAGUACCUCUUUUACAUUCAAAUCUGCAACUGGUUUGUUGUCUGCUACUCAAUUCACACAACCAGCUUUAACUUUAAUGGAAAAGGCUGCGUUUGAGGAUUUGAAGUCUAAGGGUUUGAUUCCCGCAGACGCUACAUUUGCUGGUCACUCUUUAGGUGAAUACGCUGCCUUGGCCUCUUUAGCAGAUGUUAUGUCCAUUGAAUCUUUGGUUGAAGUUGUGUUCUACAGAGGUAUGACUAUGCAAGUUGCUGUUGCAAGAGAUGAAUUGGGUAGAUCCAACUACGGUAUGAUUGCUAUUAACCCAGGAAGGGUUGCUACAUCAUUUUCUCAAGAAGCUUUGCAAUAUGUCGUUGAAAGAGUUGGUAAGAGAACCGGAUGGUUAAUUGAAAUUGUCAACUACAAUGUUGAAAACCAACAGUACGUUGCCGCCGGUGAUCUAAGAGCCUUGGACGCCAUCACCAAUGUUUUGAACUUCAUCAAGUUACAAAAGAUUGAUCUAAUUGAGUUGCAAAAGUCUUUGUCUUUGGAAGAAGUCGAAGGUCACUUGUUCGAAAUCAUUGACGAAGCCGCCAAGAAAUCUGCAGUUAAACCUCGCCCACUUGUUUUGGAAAGAGGUUUUGCUUGUAUUCCAUUGCCUGGUAUCUCUGUUCCUUUCCAUUCGACUUACUUGAGAAAUGGUGUCAAACCAUUCAAAAGUUUCUUGAAGAAGAACAUUAUCAAGGAAAAUGUUAAGGUUGACAGAUUAGCCGGAAAGUAUAUUCCAAACUUGACUGCCAAGCCAUUCCAAGUUACUAAGGAAUACUUCCAGGACGUUUACGAUUUGACUGGCUCUGAACCCAUCAAGGAGAUUAUUGACAAUUGGGAAAAGUAUGAACAAUCCUAG